CUGUGUGUGCGUGCGCGCGAGUGUCAUGCGUUGCGCGUGGUUUUCCUUCUUACCUCGAGAUGUGAAGGGUUUCGCAACUGGCUAUUACCUUAGGAUUCCUGACUUUUCGGAGAUCUGGGCUUUGAGCACAACCUACCCACAUAAUCCAUUUUGCACGGUCGGUUUAUAGCAGGAGAAAAAAGAGUAACUGGACGGGGCCGGGGCAGACAAACGAAACCUUCUGGAAACACACACACACACACACACACACACACACACACACACACGAGAAAGGAACAAUGAAAGACCAGGGAAGAUUUUCAUAACCUUGCUGCUGGCCUUUUCGUUUACCGGAACAAUUCUGGAGAUCUCUUCUUCAUUUCAAAGUCAUCUUGGCAUUUUUUAAAAUAAGCUGCUCUCCAGCAGUCUGGGUCUGUGUGUGUGCGUGUAUGCGCGCAUCUCUCUGGUGCGUUUGACUGUUUUUUAUCCAACUGCCCAGAAGCAAAUGUAUUAACUCGGCGGUGCCCCUCUGUGCAUGGGUUGUCGAAGAGGGCGGAGGACGCUCAAACCCGUGUUCCCGACUGGAUUCGGAGCCGCUGCCUUGCUGUAAACCCCUGCGUGUGGAUCACUUUACCCACAGGCUUGGACAGCGCCAACAUUAACCUGCUUUCAGGUACAUUACAAGGUCAGUAGAGGGUCCUGCAGCGGUCUUGUUUCUGUGCAUCCAGACCUUCCUGUCUUGGCCAGAAAGAUAUUUACAUUUCGGUGCACAUCAUUGGAAGCCAAAAGUUCAGACCUUCGAGCUUGUGCUGGUUUCUGAACAAACAAGGUAAAAAGGAUUGCUUUUAAAACUGCUUAACAAAAUCCCUGACUCUUCCUCAGCCUUUUCUCAGCGUCUCUCUCCUCCUCAUCGAAAUGUCACCAGCUCUUUGAAUUACUUGGAUUGGGUUGGAGGAGGACUUGAAAGAAACGUGAUCUACCGGCUAUGCCAGACCACUUCCUUUGCUGCCUGUGGUCCGGUGGGCAUCCCAGCGGAUCGUGAAAAGGACCAGUCCCCUCCUUGUUGCCCCCUCCCCGUGUUGUGCUGGAUGUGCGUGUGCAAGUGUGAAUGCGAGUGCGCGCGCGCCUUGGUGCGAGUGUGUGUGUGUGCUUGAGUGUGCGUGCGCGGCCGCCCUGUCUCUGCCCGCUCCCCGGGCGCAGAAACGCGGGUUUCAUGGGGCGAUCGCCGCGGAUUCCCCACCCAGCGCGACCUGCAGGAAGCGGCGGCAGUGGCAGAAGCCGCCUCUCGGACUCCCUAGGAUGCAGGUGCUGAGCUAUGGCAAAAGGCAGAGAAGUGAGGAGCCAGACCCGCGUAAGACUGUGAAAGCCACCUGGAGCCACCUUGCCGGGAUUGUACCUGCGGGCAGAAAGUCCUCCUACAACCGUCUUUUCCUCCAGAGGCACCAGAGUCCCUGUAACCAUUCAGCCAGGUGUUGGGAAGACAUGUAGUAGCUGAGCACCCUUACUUCUGACACCAUCCUCAGAUUGAGUUUUGGAGAUGCUUUCACCCCGUCCAUGUUCUGCAGCAGCCAGGCAGAGUGCUGACUCCUUCACAGCAGUGAGCACCUCUUCAGGCUCCAGAAGGAUAGUCACCUCCUGAAGGAACCUUUUCUUGCUGUGCCUGACCAGAUUAUCCUCUCUUACGUAGUCUCAUAGCUCCAUAUAACUGCUCUUAAAUCUGAUCUACAAUGGAAAAAUUCCUUUUUUAUCUGUUUUUCAUUGGCAUAGCAGUGAGAGCUCAGAUCUGUCCAAAGCGUUGUGUCUGUCAGAUUUUGUCUCCUAAUCUUGCAACCCUUUGUGCCAAGAAAGGGCUUUUAUUUGUUCCUCCAAACAUUGACAGAAGAACUGUGGAACUGCGGCUGGCAGACAAUUUUGUUACAAAUAUCAAAAGGAAAGAUUUUGCCAAUAUGACCAGCUUGGUGGACCUGACUCUGUCCAGGAAUACAAUAAGUUUUAUUACACCUCAUGCUUUUGCCGACUUACGAAAUUUGAGGGCAUUGCAUUUGAAUAGCAACAGAUUGACUAAAAUUACAAAUGAUAUGUUCAGUGGGCUUUCCAACCUCCAUCAUUUGAUAUUGAACAAUAAUCAGCUGACUUUAAUUUCAUCUACAGCAUUUGAUGAUGUUUUUGCCCUUGAGGAGCUGGAUCUGUCCUAUAAUAAUUUAGAAACAAUCCCUUGGGAUGCUGUUGAGAAGAUGGUUAGCUUGCACACCCUUAGUCUGGACCACAAUAUGAUCGAUAAUAUUCCUAAGGGGACAUUCUCCCACUUGCACAAGAUGACUCGGCUAGAUGUAACAUCCAAUAAAUUGCAGAAGCUGCCACCUGACCCUCUCUUUCAGCGAGCUCAGGUACUAGUGACCUCAGGAAUCAUAAACCCAUCUACUUUUGCAUUAAGUUUUGGUGGAAAUCCUUUGCAUUGCAAUUGUGAAUUGUUGUGGUUGAGGCGUCUGUCCAGAGAAGAUGACCUGGAGACCUGUGCUUCUCCAGCACUUUUAACUGGUCGCUAUUUUUGGUCAAUUCCUGAGGAAGAGUUUUUGUGUGAGCCUCCUCUCAUUACUCGUCAUACACAUGAGAUGAGAGUCCUGGAGGGUCAAAGGGCAACCCUGAGGUGCAAAGCCAGGGGAGACCCUGAACCUGCAAUUCACUGGAUUUCUCCUGAAGGGAAGCUUAUUUCAAAUGCAACGAGAUCUCUGGUGUAUGAUAAUGGAACACUUGACAUUGUUAUAACAACUGUAAAGGAUACAGGUGCUUUUACCUGCAUUGCUUCCAACCCUGCAGGGGAAGCAACACAAACAGUGGAUCUUCAUAUAAUUAAGCUCCCUCACUUGCUAAACAGUACAAACCACAUCCAUGAGCCUGAUCCUGGUUCUUCAGAUAUCUCAACUUCUACUAAGUCAGGCUCUAAUGCAAGCAGUAGUAAUGGUGAUACUAAAAUGAGUCAAGAUAAGAUUGUGGUGGCAGAAGCAACAUCAUCUACGGCAUUACUUAAAUUUAAUUUUCAAAGAAAUAUCCCUGGAAUACGAAUGUUUCAAAUCCAGUACAAUGGUACUUAUGAUGACACCCUUGUUUACAGAAUGAUACCUCCUACGAGCAAAACUUUUCUUGUCAAUAACCUGGCUGCUGGAACCAUGUAUGACUUGUGUGUCUUGGCAAUAUAUGAUGAUGGCAUCACUUCCCUCACUGCCACAAGAGUUGUGGGUUGCAUCCAGUUUACUACGGAACAGGAUUACGUGCGAUGUCAUUUCAUGCAGUCCCAGUUUUUGGGAGGCACCAUGAUUAUUAUUAUUGGUGGAAUAAUUGUGGCAUCUGUGCUGGUUUUCAUCAUCAUUCUCAUGAUCCGGUAUAAGGUUUGUAACAAUAAUGGGCAACACAAGGUCACCAAGGUCAGCAAUGUCUACUCUCAAACUAAUGGGGCUCAAAUGCAAGGCUGCAGUGUAAUGCUGCCCCAGUCCAUGUCCAAACAAGCUGUGGGACAUGAAGAGAAUUCUCAGUGUUGUAAAGUUGCCAAUGACAAUGUGAUGCAAUCUUCAGAAAUUUGUUCAAGUCAGGACUCCUCUACCACUACCUCUGCUUUGCCUCCUACCUGGACUUCAAGCACGUCUGUGUCCCAAAAGCAGAAAAGAAAGACAGGCACAAAGCCUAGUACCGAACCACAGAACGAAGCUGUCACAAAUGUUGAGUCCCAAAACACUAACAGGAACAACUCAACUGCAUUGCAGUUAGCUAGUCGACCUCCUGAUUCUGUCACAGAGGGGCCCACAUCUAAAAGAGCACAUUCAAAGCCAAAUGCUUUGCUGUCUAAUGUUGACCAGACUGUCCAGGAAACACAGAGGCUGGAGUUAAUCUGAAGAGCACCACUUCUCUCUCUCCUGAAAAAAGUUGCCACUGAUGUUUUUAAUGGAUAAAAUUCAAAAAUGUUUCAAAUCACAAUGGCUAAUUGUUGAACUCGUGUCCUAGAAGAAAUUGUUCACAGGACCAGAAACAGAUGUCGCUGAUGUUGGUGGAACUGGCUCACGUUUCAUCCCCUUUUAAAGCCAAAUUGUUUUUUCUUCUGGCCCACAGUAUUUUUUUUAAAGAACAAAAGAAAAAAGCCUACAUUGGCAUCGAGUUCUGUAUCAACCCAUGUUACAUUGCCAUCCAUGAUUUAAGACUGUAGAA